AUGUUUUGAUUAGUUACAAAUAGAGUUCUAAAAAAACUUUACAUUACCUUGUCUGCUCCUCUCAUGCUUGACACAUUUAUUCUCGGGCAAGGUCUACUCUUACAUCCAAAAGCGAUACUAGAUGAGCCAAUAUGUACUGCUAGCUCGCUUAGUCUAGUGCUGUGCCCACUAGCUUAUAAAUCACCUCCAAUGAAGCGGCCAAAUGAAAAGUGGAUUUCUGGAAGCUUGAAAAAAGCGCUGCUGGCUAUGCAAUACACAAUUAGAGAUACUUCCGAAAUUAUGUGUUCAUUAAGUCUCCUCAUAUUUGCAAGACUCCAUCGACCUUUCCCAAAGUUCAUUUUGAUCGAUCCUGUCCUUCUAUGGAAAUAG